AUGAAGUCAGACAAAGUCCGACCGCUUGACAAAGCUGACGUUGUAGGAUACCCUGCCGUUCAGAUUCCCCGACUCAAGAAAAACGUCCCAAUCUACAUUUCGCGAUCGACCGACGAGGGAAAGGAGUUCAUUGCGGAAGUCAACCUCUGGAGCAUGGGGGUCCGGUACAACCUGAACAGACUGGUCGGGGAGGGACCUCAGCUCUACGUUGUCAAUGCAUGA